AGGGGCGCAUUCAUUCAUUCUUCCCCUCUCCGGCUGAGCUCUUCCGAGGCGGGCACACGGCAGCCUUCCGAUCGUCUGAGCCUGUCCCGCCGCUGCUCCCGGAGAAGCAGGUUUCCCGCGCCGGGACAGAAACGUCUGAAAGCGAAUUGAGGGGGAAGAAGAAGAAGAAAAAAAGAAGAGAAAGGGAAAGGAAAGAGGAAAGGAGGAAAGCAAAGAAAAGAAAGAAAAAGGGAAAGAGCUGAAAAGGGAAAGAUAAGAAAAGAGGAGAAGAGGAAGGCAAAGAAAAGGCAGAAGGGAAGGGAAGAAAAGGGGGAAAGAAGCAGGGAAGGAAAGGAACAGAAAAGGAAGCCAGGAAAGGCAAGGAAAACUUUCAAGCACGGAGAUCCAGUGGAUUAUUCGGAGCCGAUUCCCCUGGGCUUGCCAAUGGCCAAAGGAGAAGGAGCUGAGAGCGUCUCUUCGGCUGGUCUCUUGCAACCGAGCAUCUUAAAACCGGAGGAGCUGGUCCGAUCCAAAAGAGAAAGCAAAGCAAAGUUAUCAAUAUGCAGCAAAGUGUGUUAUGCCAUUGGUGGAGCACCCUAUCAGAUCACUGGUUGUGCUUUGGGAUUCUUUCUCCAGAUUUACUUGCUGGACGUGGUGCAGAUGGACCCGUUCUAUGCAUCCAUCAUCCUUUUUGUGGGACGUGCGUGGGAUGCCAUCACUGACCCCCUGGUGGGUUUCUUCAUCAGUAAAAGCUCCUGGACUUGCUUUGGACGCCUGAUGCCCUGGAUUGUCUUUUCCACUCCCUUUGGUGUGAUCUCCUACUUCAUGAUAUGGUUGGUGCCCGACAUCUCUCAGGGACAAGUCAUGUGGUACCUUUUCUUCUACUGCAUUUUUCAGACCCUUGUGACGUGCUUCCAUGUUCCUUAUUCGGCCCUCACCAUGUUCAUCAGCAGAGAGCAGAGUGAAAGGGAUUCUGCCACAGCCUACCGCAUGACAGUAGAAGUGCUUGGCACUGUCCUAGGAACAGCCAUCCAAGGACAGAUUGUGGGGAGAGUAGAUAUUCCUUGUAUUCCUGACCCACCUUUCUUGAACAUGAACAACUCUUCGGUGGUCCUAGAAGAAGUCAACAUCACCCGUGACACGGGUUCGCUUUCUGAUACGAGAAAUGCCUAUAUGAUUGCAGCCGGGGUCAUUGGUGGGAUUUAUAUUCUUUGUGCUACCAUUCUGUCUCUAGGCGUGCGGGAAAGACAAGAGUCUUCCGAACUUCAGUUGGCUGAGCCGGUUUCCUUCUUCCAGGGUCUGAAGCUGGUUAUGAAACAUGGACCCUACAUCAAGCUGAUUGCGGCUUUCCUGUUCACCUCCCUUGCUUUCAUGCUGUUGGAAGGGAACUUUGCCUUGUUCUGCACUUACACCUUGGGGUUCCGCAACGAGUUCCAGAACAUUCUGCUCGCCAUCAUGCUCUCAGCCACGCUGACCAUCCCUUUGUGGCAGUGGUUCCUUAUACGUUUUGGGAAGAAAACUGCUGUUUACAUUGGCAUCUCGUCUGCCACGCCUUUCCUCAUCUCAGUUGUGAUUUUGGAAAGCAACCUUGUGAUGACUUACGUGGUGGCCGUUGCAGCUGGAAUGAGUGUAGCUGCUGCUUUCCUCCUGCCGUGGUGAGUGAAUUGCCGGGUACCUUUGCCUGUUUUCAGAACCCAGUGUACAGUACAGGUAGACCUUGACUUACAACCAUUCAUUUAGUGACUGUUCAAGGAAAUUUCCGUGGACUUUAAGUGGAAUUGCCUGAGAGUGGAGGAAAUACAGUCAUUUGGGUGGUUACUGACUUGUUUUCCAAGCAGGUGCAUUUCAUACCCUGUGCGAAAAUUCCUUCUGCAGAAACUUUGGCUAAACUGUUUAUCUUACAUGUGUAUAGACUACAUGGUGUUCCUGAACGGAUAAUUUCAGAUGGGGGGGGUCCAAUUUACUUCAAAUUUCUGGAAGGAAUUCUUGAAGUUAUUGGGCUCCGCCCAGGGCUUAACCUCCGCCCACCACCACAAACCAAUGGAGCCUGUGAGAGAACUAACUUGGUAUUGGAACAAUAUCUUAGAAUGUUAUAUCAAUUACCAACAGGAUGCUUGGUCUGACCUACUGCCUUUUGCAGUAAGUGACUUAUGACUGUUUUCCACAUGACCAUUGCAGCAUGAUCAAAAUUCAGAUGCUUGGCAACUGACACGUAUUUAUGACAGGUGCAAUGUCCCAGGGGA